UAUACAGAUAAAAUGCAGAGAGAGAUAUACUAAAGAAAAUAGUAACAACCACCAGUUUUCUCUCUUCCUUAUAACAUAUAUAUACACACACUCUGUACGUAUUUCAAUACAGGCACCUACAUGAGCUACUUUUGAUUUCAAUUCCAAAUUAGGUUUAUUAGAUCCACUAAAACCCUUGCUAAUUUCAACAUUUUCCUUUCAAUAUUAAUUCACUCAGUAAUUUUGUGAUGGUGGAAAUGAAGGUGAAUUAGUGUGUGUGUGUGUGUGUAAAUGGUGAUGGAAGAUAGAGGUGGAGGAUCAUUUGUUGCAGUUAGAAGGAUUUCAAAUUCAAAUUUCUAUAGAAGCAAUUGUAACAAUAAUAAUAAUAAUACUAAUUCAGCUGAGGUUGUUGCAGGCUCAGCAGCGUGGCUUGGCAGAGGCCUCUCAUGUGUUUGUGUUCAGGGAAGAGAAGGUGACUCUCGCCCGUCUUUUGAUUUGACUCCUGCACAGGAACAUUGUUUACUAAGGCUGCAAAAUCGUUUAGAUGUGGCCUAUGAUAGUUCAAUUCCAGGACAUCAGGAAGCAUUGAGGGCAUUGUGGAAGGCUUCAUUUCCUGAAGAGGAACUACAUGAUUUAAUUUCUGACCAGUGGAAGGAAAUGGGUUGGCAAGGGAAAGAUCCUUCGACUGAUUUUCGGGGCGGUGGCUUCAUAUCCCUGGAGAACUUAUUGUAUUUUGCCCGAAAUUUCCCGAAAUCAUUCCAAGAUCUUCUCCGAAAACAGGAAGGUGUCCGGGCCAUGUGGGAAUAUCCUUUUGCUGUAGCCGGAGUGAACAUUACAUUCAUGCUUAUUCAGAUGUUGGAUCUUGAAGCAGAAAAACCACAAAGUUUUGUGGGAGCAACCUUCUUGAAGUUGCUUUCAGAAAAUGAAUCGGCGUUUGACCUUCUUUAUUGCAUUACAUUCAAGUUAAUGGAUCAUCAGUGGCUUGCCAUGCACGCGUCGUAUAUGGAUUUCAAUGCUGUGAUGAAGUCAACACGUCGUCAACUUGAAAGAGAGCUUUUACAAGAAGACAUAACUCGACUUGAAGAGUUACCAUCGUAUAACCUACUUAGUCGAUAGCAGUUAAGUCCCUUUGAUUCAACAAUAUGUUAGUGGAUUCUCACUAUUUACGAUUGAGAAAAGUGCUUUACUAGCGCCAACUGCUUGAUUUGAGUUGAUUUUUUUUCUUCAUAAUAUAAUGUAAAAGUAAGCAGUAAUUUCUGGGGUGAUUACAACUGUUAAAAAGAUUUACUUUUCUACCAGAUAAUGUAGUUUUGAUCUGCAUAGAAUAAAAAGAUUUAUUUUCUAA